AUGUGGUGGUCCCUACCCAAGCUGAUCGCCGUGGCCGGUGCAGUGUGCGUCGCUCGCGGCGCGAAAGUGAAUGUUGCCGACGCCAGAAAUGCCAAGAAUAUUGCCAUAAUCGGUGCUGGUGCUGCGGGCUCUUCAGCUGCGUACCACUUGCGGAAAUUCGCCGACGAGCAAGGGCUCUGUGUGAAUAUUUCGGUUUUUGAAAAGACUGACCACGUUGGCGGGCGCACUGUCACGGUCAACGUGUUUGAUGAUGCCAAUCAGCCUGUGGAGUUGGGCGCCUCCAUAUUCAUUAAGGCAAACCACAUCAUAUAUAAUGCCACUCAGAAUUUCCAGCUGAACCUGACGGAACUGUCCGCCCCUGAUCCCGCCGGCUAUACGGCCAUUUGGGACGGCGAAGCCAUCGUCUUCCGCUCAGAAGCGAGCAGCUCGUGGUGGUGGGACGCCGCGAAGCUGUUUUGGAAGUACGGUCUUGCACCGUACCAGGCUGUGAAGCUGGUCAAGAGCGCUGUGGGAACUUUCCUGCAGCUCUACGAAGAACCAAACUUUCCCUUUCGCUCACUGACGCAAAGAGCAUUUGAACUGGGUCUCUUGCGCUUGACUGGCGUCACUGGUGAGCAGUAUCUCCAAGAGAACAACAUCAACCCCCGGUUUGUACGUGAAGUGAUGCAGCCAGCUUCACGGGUCAACUAUGCGUCCAACUUGGCCUUUAUCCAUGGGCUGGAAGCCAUUGUCUCCUUUGCUACUGAGGGCGCCGUUUCCGUAAGCGGCGGCAACUAUCAAGUGUUUGAGAAGUUACUGCAGCAUAGCCGUGCAGCGCAUUACCCGAAUACUACUGUCACGGGAAUAGCAUUUCACAAAGGCACCAACAAGCCGGGAUCUAUCCCCAAGUACGCGCUCUCGACCAAGUCUUCCUCUCCAAGGUCAAGGGUAGCCAAGCUGCAGACUGUGUUUGACAGCGUCGUCAUCGCGUCCCCGUGGCAGUUUAGUGGGAUUGAGGCUGCCGACGGUGUCAUCAAGCAUCAUAUAGACUCGGUUCCUUACAUGGCGCUACACGUGACUCUUUUCACGUCUCCUCUUCGAUUGCAAGCGUCCUACUUUGGCCUGGAACCCGGAAGCAAGGCACCCAGCAAUGUGUACACUACUCUUGGCAGCGAAGAGACGGCCCAAGAAGGUCCGAAGGGUGUUGGCCGCACCGGCUUCUACUCCAUCAGUACUCUGCGAACGAUCACCAACCCCACAACCGGCAAGAAGGAGUUCCUAUACAAGAUUUUCAGCGCCGAGCCCGUCAAUUCAACCUUUCUCUCGACCAUCCUGGGUGCAGACAUCCCAGAUUCAUUCGUCUCCAACGACUCUGCUGCAGGCGUGGAGCCGGUUUCGUGGUACCAUGCCCACUGCUUUCACUCGUAUCCCAUCGGGCUCCCGCGGGUGACGUUUCAGGAUCCGAUUCUCGGCCGCGGCCUCUACUAUACCUCUGGAGUUGAAAGCUUUAUUUCCACCAUGGAGACGAGCGCACUGAUGGGCAUGAACGUUGCUCGUCUCAUUGUCGAUGACUUUGCGGGAAUCUCAAGAAACCGCUGGAAUCAGAUCGGACAGUUCAGUCGUAAUCCAGCAAAGGCCAGACAAGACUUCUGGGACAGCAUGGAUAGCGAAAUGCGGGCGAGCAUGGAUUUCUUGGGCGCAGAUGAACUUUAG